ACUGUGGACGGUUGCUACUCGCACUCGCUGGCGGAUUAUCGGCAUAUAGAUAUACAUACAUAGAUGUUCUGGCAUCUAUCUACAUAUAUAUCUAUAUAUCUAGAGCUACCAUGUACAAGUCUGCGUAGAGAGGGAGCGUUCGAAGGCGAAAGAAACCCCAUUCUUGACGUUGCAAAUUAAGCAUUAAUCUUAACAAAAUACUGCUACGAACAUUCCAAAAAAACAAACAAACAAACAAAAAAUGUUGUACCAACGCAGUUGAUUGAGAAAAACUCACCCAAAAACCAAAAAAAAAACAACCCAACAAGUCAAAUAAAACCAAAAUCAACACCAAUAAAUACACAUAUAUAAAUAAUUAAAGAUACAUAAUAUACUCGUAUUAGAUAAGCGUUCAAAAUCUAAACGUCAACUUUAAGGAGCCACAAGGAACAACAAAUAAGAAUAGUUUAACAAAGAACUAGCUUUAUAGACAAGACACCCUCCUACAACCCAAGUGACAAAACGAAUAACUAAUUCGAGUUAAACCGCAAAACCAACCAACAGCAGCAAGAAAACAAAAGCGUUAACAUGGCCGAUAAGAAAAUUGGUGAAUAUUAUGCGCCGCCGCCAAAAAUGGGCAAAUGGGAGGGUUUCAAAAAAUUCCUAUGGAACAGUGAAACUAGCCAAUGCCUUGGACGCACCGGGUCCAGUUGGGCGAAAAUUCUACUAUUCUAUAUAAUAUUUUAUGCGGCGUUAACUGGAUUCUUUGCUGCAAUAUUUACGGUGUUCUACCAAACGCUGGACAAUGAGAAGCCCAAAUGGAUGCUUGACAACGGAUUGAUUGGAGCUAACCCAGGUCUUGGCUUCCGACCAAUGCCCCCAGAAGCCAAUGUUGAGAGCACAUUAGUUUGGUACGAGUCAUCGAAGAAGGAUAAUUAUAAGUACUGGGUUGAUGAGACUGCCCGUUUUCUGAAAUCUUACGAGGAUCUUGAGAAGCAGAACCAGGUGAACUGCAGCUUCGAGCACCCGCCACCUGAGGGCAAAGUCUGUGGCACCGAGGCCGCCAGCUUCGCACCCUGCACAGUGGACAACAACUUUGGCUAUCAUGUGGCCAGACCCUGCAUAUUCCUAAAGUUGAAUAAGAUCUACAAUUGGGUGCCGGAAAUUUACAACGAUUCAAAGACCUUGCCCGAUGAAAUGCCUGAGGAGUUGAAGCAGCACAUCAAGGAGAAGCAGAGCCUGCGACCCAACGAGACCAGCGUUGUCUGGGUCUCGUGCGAGGGUGAGAAUCCUGCCGAUGUUGAGAACAUCAAGGCUCGUGAUUACUAUCCACGCAUGGGUUUCCCACGUUACUACUUCCCCUUCAAAAACAUCAAGGGGUACAUUCCGCCAAUCGUAGCUGUGCAAUUUACUGUUGAAACCGGCGUCUUGAUCAACAUUGAGUGCAAAGCCUGGGCCCGCAACAUCAACCACGAUCGCUCAGAAAGGAGAGGAUCCGUCCACUUUGAAUUGAUGGUGGACUAAGAGAAACGUCUCCCCAAGGACAUCGGCCGCGUGCGCGGAGCGGCCACCGAGGAGCCAGGAGCUUGGAGCAAGGAGGGCAAGGAUGGAAGAGGCAAUAGGUUGACCGUUGAACAACACUCAAGUAUAGAAAGAAAACUGCAACAAAUCCACACACAAAACAAGCGAGAAAUGAGCAAAGUGUAGCAAGCAAGGGCCCCCAAAGGGCAUGCGAGAUACAGCAAUAACCAAAGACAAGACGAAACUAAAGAGAAAGAGGGAGAAGCUACAGCAAGAACAAAAUGGAAAACUUAAGAAAUAAAAUUCUAGCGCUAUAAAGCAUAUAAAAUAAAAUACAAGCAAAACAAAAGAAAUACCUACCCAACGCUAAAAAAUGAACAACGCCCCCACACAGAAUCACACAAAAACCUUAAUUUGUUAGGAAAAUUUCGAUUUAGUUAACAAUUUAGGCGAAAAACCAAAGGUAUAAAUUUGACAGGCCACUUAAUUAGCGCAAAAUAUUAUAUUAUCAGUAAUAAAAGUAACAAAAACAAAACAAAAAUCAUUUUAAAAAAACGAAAUAAAAACUGUUGUUAAGCCAAUCUUAUUUGUUUUUUGGUGUAAUUUUUGGCAAAGGAUUAACAAGAAACAUAUAAACGACAAACAGCGCAGCGAAAAAAGAACCUUAAAAAGCUAAACAUCAACUGUACUUAAACGACAAAUUAUUUGAACAAAAUGCAUAAAACCAUUAUUUAUAUUUAUAACAACUAAAUAUAUACAAAUCAAUUGUACAAUUGGAGCAAAUAUAAACACAAAUAUGUAUGUUUAUAUACAAAUAAAAACCCACUCCUCCCCAGGCCAUUCCCCGUCUCCACCCAAAAGAGCUCCUGGAACGCAACUAAAUUAUUGCCAGGAUCCCCUUAUAUAAUUUAGUUCAAUUUGUUAUAAAUGUAAGCAGGAUGCAGCAUUUUCCCAAGCGAAUGAAUUAACAAAGGCCACAUAAAACAAAAAUUCUUAAAAUACAACAUAAUAACGAGAAAAUUAAACAGAAGCGAAAACAAAACCGCAAACAGAAAACAAGAAGGCGCUGCAUAUUAAAUAAACAACAAAUAUAUAAAACAAAAAAUGCAUAAAAGAAGGCAAACAAAAAAAGCAAGCCCAGACAUAUUUAAAAUUAAUAUUCUUCACUUAUUAUUGAAAAACCCCCAAAAUCCAAGAUCAUUAAUGGGAAAUUCUCAUAAAAAUAUAUUAAACAUAAAAGGAUAAUUGAGGCAAAAAGAGUAAAUAGCUGAAAUGAAAGUACAGAGUAACUGGUUACAAUAAACAUGAAGAGCAUAUAAAAUUUAAAUGUAUUAUGUAUACAACCCCAACAACAUCCAGCAGAUAAUACCAAUAAAUCGAACUUAAUUUAACUAAGUUGAAAAACAAAAACCAAUCCGUUUCCAUCUCAUAUGUUUUACAGCCGAUCAAGUCCCAAGGAUUACCAAGGACCCAAGGACCUCCCUUUAACUCGAAACCCCACGGCCAUUGGCCAAUUCCUUUGCGGAAAAGGACAUGGCAGCGAAAUAUUACUUACGAACAGUGACACUCGACUCUGAAUACGAAAUGCUAAUUAGAUAUUUAGGCCUCAACUAACUUAUCUCUAUUUUCCCCAAGAAAAACCAAAAAGAAAACAUGAAAC